CUCUAUGACGGUGCGUAAAGGAAAGAAACUCAGCAUCACCAUCCAGGAACACAUGGCCAUUGACGUCUGCCCCGGCCCCAUCCGACCUAUCAGAACAAUCUCCGCCUACUUCCCCCGCCUGUCCCCCACCUCUGAGCCCCUCUCCCCCAACCCCACUGGCUCCCCAUUGGUCCUCAGUCCUGGGGGCGCGGCCUGCGGGAUGGGGGGUGGCGGCGGGGGCGGGCUCUUGACGCCAUUGCUGCCGGGGAUGAUGGGAGGGGGCGGGUCUUUGUCGUUACAGAGCAGUAUGGACACGUCUGUGGAGAUCAACAGUUCUGACAGUGACGACUGCAGUGAGUCCAGAUGUUGGCGUGUUGAUGAGUGUGUUUGUGUGUGGGUCGCGUGUGUGUGUGUGUGUGUGUGUGUGCACUUAAAAGUGUAUAUGUGUGUGCAUGAAUUAAUGUUGGUGUCUAUCUAUCCCACCCACUCGAUUUUAUAUGGUUGGCAAGGUUGACACGUGAUGUGCUUUCCUCUUAUUCAUUUGACAAGUUUGAGUUAAUGUGAUUUACAUCCCAUUUAAAUGCAUAGUGUUUCAUUGAUGUACUCUGUUGUGACAUCUAUAUGUAAUGUCUUUAGCAUGUGUGUAAUUUCAGAAUGUGGAAGUCAGUGUGCUGUCCUUUCCUUACUGUCAUUGGUUGGUUUCAAAGCCUUCUGUGAGUCCAUUCUGUGGCUGCCAUUGUGACAGGUAUGUUGCAAUAGCCUGGUCCAAGAUCGGGUUGUACUGUCUUGCCAACUCCUAUGGUCAUUGUCACAUCAAACAUGGCUGGAAAUGAUUGAUUGAUUGAUUGAUUGACGGAGUCACUGGUUCAUUGAUAAAGGUUCCAAACUUUUGCUGCCGAGUUGUGUUAUUUAUGUGACUCCCUCACCCAUUCGGUCAUUGAUAUGGGGGUUUUCACAAGUGCAGGAGAUGUAGGGGUGAUGUGAUGGUGUUUGUUUCUAACCAUGCUUCUGGUUUUUAACCAUGCCAAUGAUUGUCUCCUAUACAGCUUCUUUGGGAACACUGGAGUUUGACUUGCGGUACGAGCGAGCCUCCAGUAAGCUACACUGUACUAUCCUCAGGGCUAAGGUAACCUCACAGAUACUGUUCACUCACUUCCUAUCUGCUCUUCAGCCCAAUCCCAAAUUGAGCCCUAGACCCUGCGUCCUAUGCACUUUUGGAGAUCUGAGAGAAUGUGACAGGUAUAAGCUAUAUGUUAAUAGCUCCAUCUUGCCCUCUGAUACCAAUCAAAUCCUCUCAGAUCUCCAGAAGUGCAUAGGGCACAGGGUCGAUUUGGGAUUGGGCCGCUCCAGCAUCCAUCCACUUACCCUGCCAUCAUACAUUUGCGGAAUUUCUUCAUUCCAUUCCUGAAAAAGAGGGUCUAGUAAAGUAAAUGAAUGAAGGCAGUCAUAGGGGAGCAUUAAUGGGAUAGUUCACCCUAAAAUAUGCAGGCCUCAAUCAUCCCAAAUGAAAGGGAAAGAUAAGCACCAUCUAAUUCCAACUAAUUAGACUCAGUUUGACUUCUGACUAACUUUGAUGUGGAAUUGAAUGAUCCCUUUUACGUUAAUGAGUUUCUGUUUUCAGAAUAUAAUGUUGAAAACAAAGACAGGGGCAUUGCUAGGGUGAAACUAUAUAGUGCACUUCUUUUGACCAGGGCCCAUAAGGCUCUGGUCAGAAGUAGUGCACCAAAUAGGGAAUAGGCUGCCAUUUUAGAAGCAGCCUUCAUGUUUGCCACUUUGUUAAGCCUCUCUUUUUCUUUCUUUCUUUCUCUCGUUCUCUGUUUUCUUGUCUGCCUUUCCUCUGUUCAGGGUCUGAAGCCUAUGGAUUUUAACGGCUUAGCAGACCCCUAUGUCAAACUGCACCUUCUUCCCGGGGCCUGCAAGGUGAGUCCUGUACAGUAAUUAUGGGAUCUAAUACUGAUACAGGUUCAGUUAGGUUGUCUUCCCCUCUAAUGUGUUAGAAUGGAAUUGAGUGUAGGGUAAUCUGAUUUAGAUCUGUGGCUAGCACAACUUCUUUGUUUGUGUGUGACUGUAGAGGACCAAACAGUGAAUUCCAUCAAUGUCUCUGAACUCUAUUGAUGUCUUUGGUUGACAGAAUACUGUUUCCUUUCCUCUCUUUUUCUCUUUCCUUUAUUUAUUAUACUCCCUCCCUCCCUCCCUCUCUCUUAACCCUGCAUCUCUCUCUCUAUUCACUGUCUUUCUUUUUCAGGCUAACAAGUUGAAGACAAAGAUAGUGCGGAAUACUCUGAAUCCGGUGUGGAAUGAAACGCUUACCUAUGUUGGGAUCACAGAGGAGGACAUGCAUAGAAAGACACUC